AAAUAAUAAGCUUAGGUUAAUUAAUACCACCAUUAACAUUCCGAAAGCAAAAAAGAAAUCAAUCCUGAAUCAACAGGUGGAAACGGUCAAAACUCAUUACGGAAGGCUCCAGAAACCAUAAACCAAAAAAAAAAAAGUAAAUUCAUUAGAGCAACAGCUGAUGCUGAAGAGCAACAGACUCGCCUGGAAAGACGGGCUCACAUAUAACAUUUUCAUUGACACCACGGCGGCCUACGAUACAGUCGAUCGAGAACAGCUGAACAGGCAGAUCAUGCACGACAACGGCUUCCCGAAUAAACGGGCGCAGUUGCACGAGUGAUGUGCAACGUGCGUGUUUUUCACAAGGUCGAUUCAGCUUCUGGAUUUCGUGGAUGACUUUGAAAAACAUAGCACGUAGCUUGCACGCGCUUCCUUCUUCCGCUUUGACACCUUAAAAAACUUUAUGGUAGAGAUCCUUCUAUAGUGCUGGGGUGAGCAGAUUACCUCUGGCCUGGAUUCCUUUCGCUCGGUGAUUCCUCUUCUGGAUAUUCUAACGGUAUUCACGUCCUUGGUGUACAGUGAGCUUCUAAAGCUUCGUUUCACACUUCGCUAUUGCCAAAGCCUCAAGUUUUUGAAAUUAAUCAAACAUCUCUGAUGAGAGAUGACACACGACGGAACGGAUUCACUCCACUAGACCCCAAUGGCCGGUUAACUCUUUUCCUUGCGUCGUCCGUCGAACUGAUCACGAGUGUGUUUUCCCAGGACACACACCGCAAAACUUGAGCCGCUGCGUUAUCCCGGUUAUACCAGUAUCAUACUUCCCUACUUAGUUUGUGAUACUUUUUUUGCGUGCAAACCACAAACGUCAAACUGCCGCCAUAGGCAAAUAUUUUUGUUUUUUUUUUACCUACCAGUAGUGACAUUUAUUAGAAUUACUAGAAUAACAGCUUAUUGCUUCCCAAAAGUUAAGACCGGAGCUGCAGUUGAAAAAUUAGGCCAAUAAUUAGGAAAAAAUAGGCCAGCAAAAGCUAACAUGGAUAACAGUGAAAACAAGGAAUCAAUCGCUUUGCAUAUCAAGACGGAGGAAAACCAUUUAAAUCAAGAAUACUGUGAGUUGCCAAUAGAUACAAUUCAAAAGUACGAGAUAAAAAUCGAAGGUGAUAACGUCGUCGAAGCAGCUGCUGUUGUACCAAUCACUGAAGAGGUUGAUGACGAUGGAGACGUCGCCAGAGACGAAGGUUUCGAGUGUGACGAAUGUGAAGAGACGUUUGCAUGUGAACAAACUCUCAGCCAGCACAAAAACCUUCAACAUGCUGAAUUUUCUUGUAAAUCCUGUGGCAAAUCUUUCGGAUCGGUGAAAAGAUUUCACAUUCAUAAAGCCAGAUGCACAAAAAAACGGAAGUAUAAAUGUAAUUUUUGCUCUAAAGUCUUUCAAUACGAAAGCAAGUUGAAGAUCCACGAGAAAGUGCAUGAAAAAAAGACAAAAAAGACAUUUAGAUGCGAAACCUGCAACAAAAGCUUCGUUAGAGAGGCAUGUUUUUUAAAGCACAAACAUACAGCUGCUAAAAUCCCUAAAAAGCUGCACCUUUGCGAUAUUUGUGGGAAAGGUUUCGUUGGAGGUAUGAAGCUGGAACGUCAUGUUUCCGUUGUCCAUGCCGGAGUGAAAGCUCACGAAUGCAGUAUAUGCUCCAAACGAUUUGCGUCUCCAUACAAUCUGCAGACACACAUGCACGUCCAUACUGGGGGAGGAAAACGAUUCAAGUGUGACAUUUGCGGGAAGGGUUUUCAUGCAUUAUCCAUGAUGAAGAAACAUUAUGGCGUGCAUACUGGCGAAAGGCCGCACGCAUGCGCGGUGUGCUCUAAGGGAUUUUUCAACCGUGUGGAUGUGGAACUGCAUACAGAUAUCUACCACACUGAGAAACAAUCCAAAUGUAAAACUUGUGACAUGGAAUUCAACACGAAGUAUGAUCUCAAUAUACAUGUUUCGAGUACUCACAAUGAAUUUCUACCAUUUCAAUGUGAAACCUGUCUAAAGGUGUGUGCAAACAGCCUUAUGUUGAAGAGACAUCGAAGGAUUCACUCCGAAUCAAAGACGUUCAUCUGCGACAUUUGCGACAAAGUUUAUGUCAUUGAAGAGAAGUUCCGAAAGCACCUGCGCUUUCACGAGCGGCCAACCCUUUGUAAGAUCUGCGGUAAAGGAAUAACUUCGCACAACUUUGACCGGCACAUGAAGACCCACAUCAAUGGGGCCAAGUCAUUUGACUGUGGGCAGUGUGGAAGAACGUUCCAACGUCCGUACCAUUUGCAAAUGCAUGUUUUACGAAUGCACGAACGUAAAAAAAUAGACGCCUAGUCCCCUUCCGGAGUAUCACAGGCUUCUGUUCAGUGGUUUUUUUUGUGGUUCGCAGUCUGGAGCAGUGUUGAAAAUUUUCACUGUCAGUGAUAGAUUUUCAGUUGAAACUGAAAACUGCGAACAUCACAUUAUACGUGAUGAUAGUGACAGUGAUAUUUACUUUCAUUUUGCAGUGUCAAAAUUUCGUAACACUGGUCUGGAGAUAUUUAAACAUAGUUUGCUAUUUCUAUUGAGGGCUCAGCAGAGCAUCUCCUAGCUGUUCACACAGCACGUUGCUGGUCAAACAAGCCAGUCAUCGUAUGUUCGAGUCCCGGCUCGGGAUAUACCGUUAGUGUCAGUAAGGUCGUAGCGCCAGGCCCCGCAAUUGCCCUGUACUGUACAUACAUGACCACGAAGUCUGUGAAUAAUAAGCAGAAGGUCAAGUUCAGAUAGCGAAAUGUAGCACCAAGAUGUAAUGACCCAUUAAAAGUAUACUUUUUUGACAUUUGUGAAUAUUAAAUAUACCUAUUAGUAGGCGGUUGGUUGUCUUUUGUUGACGACUAUGCACUCGUGCCUUUCAUACACGAUUUGGUUGGUGCCAAAAAAUAUGAAAAGUCGUUUGGUGUCGGUGUUUUAUAAGAAACGAAUGAAAUUUAACUUUGUCUUAAAGUAUUGAAAAAAAGUUAUGAAGCUUGGAAAAUAUAUUACUGUAUAUAAAUUAA